AUGGAGUGGUUAACGAGCGUCGAGGGCCUGAAUGCCCGUCGGGAGCUAGAGGCGUCCGUUCGUGAGCACCACCCUAACCUGCGUGAUGAGGAGGUCGACCUCAUUGUGGACGGUCGUCUACUACACAUGGUUCGGGAGCGCGCGGCGGAGCAAGCACCUGCGAGCAGCCAUCAAGGAGGAACCGGUGAAGGAGGAGCUGUGCACGAGGCUCCAGCUGCCGUGGGCGUUGGUGGAGGAGCUGUUGCACCGACCAUUGACACGGGAAUGAUCGGGGCGAGCUACGGCCAAUUCAAGUUUGGAGUAGAGCACAUCUCCGUGACGCCACUGCUGGAGGGAAGGCACGACCUUACGGCAUGGACCCAGUUAGCCCAACUCAGGAAGGGAGAUGAUGAGACGGCGGAAUCCUACUGCAAUAGGGCCCGCACCAUCCGAGCGGAGCUGCUGACCAUUGGACAGGAGGUCCACAUGGCCACGUUUGCCGCUCAGGUGCUGAAGGGCCUGCCACCGGAGUACGGAUUUCUUCGCCGCAAGCUCGACAUUUCCAGCCCUGAUAUGACGGUGGAACGCGUGUGCAGCGAGGUGUUGAUGGAGGAGCAGACCCUCUCCAUCGAACAGAGCUACAAGCAGAUCACCAGUGAUGCAUCGGAUUUCUCUGGCGAUGUCAACGCAAUCGUGGCUACGACGGGGGUCGACGGGAAGGAAGGGAAGGGAGGAAGGGAGCAGAUGGACAAGAAGAAGGAUGGCAACCUGGAGAAGAAGCGAGCCCCCUUCAAGGGGCGCUGCUACAACUGCAAUGAGGAGGGGCACAUGGCUGCCAAGUGCUCCAACAAGAAGAAGGAUACAACACCCGCGGCAGCCGCGAACGUAGCCGAAGGAGACGGGAAGGGCGUGGCGCUCACCGUCGCGUGUUCGGCUGCAAAGUUGCUGGCCGACGACAAGGACUUGUGGUUCCUUGACUCGGGAUGCUCCUAA